UUAUUGCUUUGGCAUUUGCCAAUUUCCAUAAUAUUAUCUCACAUACUAGUUUUAAUAAUAGUAUAAUAAUUGCAUUAUAAUUAUUUUACUUAAUGCCCAAAUCCAUUGCUAUUAAACUAAAUUGUAGUAUUUUCAAACGCCUUGUAGUGUACAAAAGUUAAAGUUUGGAUUGAUAGUGUUCUGCUAACAUGUGGCAACAACAGGCGUUUGUAUUAGAUUCAAAAUUUAAUGCCUACAGAGCUACAAAUCAUCCUAAUUUUCGAACACUUUAUAUUAGAAGGAGAAAUCAACUUUUACGAGAAAAAUCAAAACAAGAUGACAUUAUUCCAUCUAGUAAUAUUAGAAGAAAAUAUUUAAAAAUAAGAUCUGCAAUUUUACAAAAUAAGUACAAUGUUCAUUUGGAUAUUCAAUCAAAUAGUGCUGGCAGUCAAAGUACUAGUAUGAUGAGUCUGAAUAUGAACAAAGAUGCCUCAGUAGAAAUGGAUUUCUUUUCCCGUAGUUAUUAUGAUUUAACUCCAAUACCAACUUCUCAAGCUCAAGCGUCGAGGGCACUGGUUGGAAACAACACAAUUGAAGAAAAUUAUGCUUUUGAUAGUGUUCAUCAUAUUUAUGAUCAGCAUUCUGAUGCAGUGACUGUCCUCAAGUUCGCCAAUAAUGACAAAUCAAAAUUAUGCUGUGCGUCAAAUGAUGGAACUCUUAGCAUAUGUGAUGUUUUAAUGUCGCCUCCAUCUGUGUUAGCUAUAUUAAAAUAUCAUACUGGACCAGUUACUGGUUGUGAUUGGUCUGCAUCAGAUGAAUUAAUUGCUAGUUGUUCGUUAGAUGCAACGAUCUGUUUUUGGGAUGCGGUUCGUCAUUGUUGUUUAAGAUGUGUUAAUGACCCAUUUUUUUCAUCUGUAUUAGUUUGUUCUUUCAAUCCUGUCAAUAACAAUAUAUUAAUUACUGGUAAUAAAGCUGGAUUUGUCUGUGUGUUAAAUGUAUCAACUGGUAUGUUUCCUAAAGGCGGUAAACAAAAAAUUGGUGGUCAAAUUCUAUCGUUAGCAAUUGAUAGCAGUGGACAAAUUAUAUGGACAGGGAAUGAUAAGGGUGAAAUAGUGUCACUCAAGUUUAACAGUAGUGAUGGAAGCGUUUUGACUAAGUGCCACAGAAUUAUAACUACACCAAAACGUGGUGCAAUCACUUGUUUAAGUUGGAGGUCUUGGAUCAGUAGAGAAGCUAGAGAUCCAAUGUUAUUGGCAAAUUGUUCAAAUAACAUCCUUUGUCUAUAUAAGGUUUCAGAAAGUGAUGAUGGUUUAUUGCAAUUGAAAAAAAAAUUUCUCGUUCCUCACAUGCACAGUAAUCAUUUAUUACGGUCAACAUUUUGUCCCAUCAUGUCAUUUAGACAGGGUGCAUGUGUUGUUACUAGUAGUGAAGAUUCUUGUGUCUAUUUCGUUGACGUCGAAAGAGAAUCUAACUAUGCUGUCAAUAAACUACAAGGCCAUGCUUGUGUUACAUUGGGUGUUACGUUCAACUAUGAUGAAACUAUGUUGGCUACAAGUGAUAUACAAGGAAUAAUUAUAAUAUGGUCACGACAACCUCAAAAACACAAUAACUCUCUGUGAUACUCAAUACGAUUAGUAAUUUAUUUAAUGUUUUUGUUUUAGGUAAUUAAUGUUUAUUAUAUUUUUGUAUUAUAUCUAUAAAACUCGUUACUUUGUUAUAAU